AAGACAUUUCCAAAACUUCUCGUACAGUCCAUAUUCUAAACCAUUCAUAAAAUGGAGGGCAAGUGUAAUAAGGCCCCGACAAGUAAAUAUCUGGACCACGUUUAUUGUCACCCCACUCAGACCAAAUCGGUGUAUAGUAAUAACAUGGCAACUGCCGGCAGCAGCGGUGGUGGUUCUUCGUCAACAAAUGCAGACGUUUUGGCGCUCUUGAAAGAAAACAAACAACUCAAAGGGAUGUUGAUAUUGCAUCUGGACCUGAUACAGGAACAAAGUGAUCAGCUAAUGGCGCUGAGAGCCCGAAACAAUGCUUUGGAAAACACCAUCCAAGAAUUGCAAAAACAAUUACAGCAGCAAAAGCGAUCGGCAGAAAUGCCGACAUUGCCGUUGCCGCCAUUAGCGAAAAUACAGCCAGGGAUAGGAGGAAAUGCGCCGGCAUUGGCCCAGUCGACCAAUGCAAAGCAAACGACUUCUGGUUCCCAAGUCAUUUCGAAUAUAAUUGGUGUGUGUAAUGGGAAGUUAAUUAACAAAAUCGUACUGUCAUCGGUGCGAGGGAAGCAAAGGACACAAAGCCCACAGAGUCAAACAACAGAUUCUGAACAUGAGGAUGACGAUGAAGAAGAACGGGAACCCUUUGAUGAUGUAGAUAUUGAGGAAAUUAUUGACGAUGAAGAUAUCGAAGAAGAUCCUAGUAUUAACGGGCAGGAUAAUUGUGAGAACGAAGAAGAUCGUGCAGAGACCGCAAACGAAAACAAGGCACAGGAAGAUAUAUCAAUGCAACAGCACAUAAUAGAUGACAUGUACGAUACAGGCAACAGCACAGAAGAUAGUAACGAAGUUCUGGCCGUCCAGAGCAAGCGUCUGAGAUUGAAACAAGCCGCCAAACAAUCAUUAGUCCUGCCCCGAGGUGCUAAACCAAGUGUUUCGCCAGCCUCAACUACCACCAGUGAUGGACAAACGACAUUUAAGGCUGUUACAUCUGUUAAUACGGGAAAUGUGAGUGUUAGUCGGGGGAAACAAAUGACCAUAAUGCGCUGGCAUGCGCCAGAUUAUCAUACAGACGAAUCUGUAAGUUGCGACUCCACGGCGGAAACAGAAAAGAGAUCUGCAUCCGUUGCUUCUUGUUCGCCGCCUAAGCCAUCCGCAGUAAUAAGCGCCAAUGAAAAGAAACGCUAUAACCACGGUGGUCAUGACAGCCAACAUACACACGUUAGGACUAAAAUCAGAAAAUGCUCUUACAUCUCCACCCCCCAGCUAUACAGCACACGAGAGUGGGAGGAUGAGCCGUUCCAUUUCGAUUAUGACUCCGAAGUCAUUAAAAGUUCGGAAACUGAAAAGUUGGAGAUACCAAAGUGGACUGAACACGAAUUGACCCCAUCCUACUGUAUUGAAGGCACGGAGGAUCUAUCCGACGAUACGUUCUUCAAAAGGCAUGCCAAACUAGAAGUGGACGAGAAGAGACGCAAGAAGUGGGAUGUUCAGCAGAUACGAGAACAGAGGCGAAUUGAACGAUUGAAGCGCAGGCACUGCAAGGAUGAAAUUCAGAAUGUACAGGAAUCGGUAUCCCUGCAAAGUUUUUAUCCAACCACUGAGAAUCUGCAAUCAAUAUGCUAUGUGCAGGAUUUGCCUGUACAGGCCUUUGGUGAAAUGAUCCCCAAAAUAUUGGGAACAAGUGGAGAUCGCAGAGAAUUUAAUUUGCCAUGGUUGGAAAGAGCCCAAAUGCAAAAUUCCACAGACAACGCUAGCAAAAAACCUACAGUGACAACACUUAGUUGUUCGGCAGAAACAAAUACGUCAACACAAAUCCAAAAUCAAUUGUUGAAUUCCUCAUUUGUUAUGCUCAAGAAACGCAGGAGGCAACAAAGCUCCACCUUUGGCGCAUCAUCUCAUCAUAGUUCGACGCGGCAACGUAGUUCGGCGACAACGAAGUUAGCAUUUACUUCCACCUCCUCUGUUCCUUCGAUGCACAACACCACUGCAGUUACAACAACAACUCAAGCGAUAUUAUCGUCAUCAUCUACAACCGUUACCAUUACAACAACACAGUGCACCAGUAAUUCUAAUUCAAAACCCUAG